CCCGGGGGAAGCCCGGGCGCCGGGUGCCAUGCGGGCCGGCAAGACCUUCCGCAAGCGCCGCGCCGACUCGGAGUCGGAGUCGGACGAGCAGAACAGUGAGGAGGUCCGGUUGAAACUUGAGGAAACCAAAGAAGUUCAGAGCUUGAGGAGACGACCUAAUGGGGUGAGUGCUGUAGCCCUCCUGGUUGGGGAGAAAGUACAGGAAGAAACAACUCUAGUGGAUGAUCCCUUUAAGAUCAAGACUGGUGGAAUGGUGGACAUGAAGAAACUUAAGGAGAGAAACAAGGACAGGAUUAAUGAAGAGGAGGACCUUAACUUAGGAACAUCGUUUUCAGCAGAAACCAACCGAAGGGAUGAAGAUGCUGACAUGAUGAAAUACAUUGAGACUGAGCUAAAGAAGAGGAAAGGAAUUGUGGAAAAUGAGGAGCAGAAAGUGAAGUUGAAGAACGCCGAAGACUGUCUCUAUGAGCUCCCUGAGAGCAUCCGAGUCUCCUCAGCUAAGAAAACAGAAGAGAUGCUGUCCAACCAGAUGCUGAGUGGCAUCCCUGAGGUGGACUUGGGCAUUGAUGCAAAAAUAAAAAAUAUUAUAUCGACAGAAGAUGCCAAGGCACGCCUGCUGGCUGAACAACAGAACAAAAAGAAAGAUAGUGAAACCUCUUUUGUUCCAACCAACAUGGCUGUGAACUAUGUGCAGCACAACCGAUUUUAUCACGAAGAGCUCAACGCUCCAGUUCGGAGACACAAAGAAGAGCCGAAAACCCGACCCCUCAGGGUGGGAGAUACGGAGAAGCCAGAACCUGAGAGGUCUCCUCCAAAUCGCAAGCGCCCCCCCAAUGAAAAGGCAACCGAUGAUUAUCAUUAUGAGAAGUUUAAGAAGAUGAACAGAAGAUACUGAUAUCAGCUCAGUGGGAGUAGGUGGGAAGAGGAUUUUUGCAGAGUUUAUUUUUUGUCAAGUACAAGAUACAAUGUAAAUAUCACAGAAAGCAAAGUUUGUUUUUUUUAGAUUUCUGUAGGCUGUGCAUUUGUCUUACAACCUAUUUUUGGAUUUUUUUUUUUUGUAAAUAGGUACGUUUAUGAGUGUGACCAUAUGAAAAUUGACUGUAAUGCUCUUACAUGUUACCUGCCAGAUUUUUUUAAGCAGUGGAUUGAUAUUAACCUCACAUUAAGCUGUGAAGUUUUCCAUUUUUUGUCAGAUUUGUCUUGUUCCUAUUUCCAAAUCUCCUUUGUAAAUAAGUUGGUUUUCUUUUGAUAUUUGGGUAGUGUGAUAGUAGACUGCAGGAAUUAUGUGAUGUUAUUUUUUAAACUACUUUCUUAUGCCCAGAUCUUGCUCCACAGCUUAGUUAGGAAGUCUUGUUUAAGAAGUAUCAUUUAGAAGACUGAGGGUUGCUUCUUGCUGUGAGAGCUUGAGCAAGUCCUUUCCCUUCCCUUGUGCCAUGCUUUCCUCGUUUAUAAAAUGGGGCGAUUAAUAACUAUGCUACUUACCUCGCAAGGUUGUUGUGAAGAUCGAGUGAGUAUUUUGUAACCCUAUGGUGCUUAUUUGAAAAAAAGAAAAAAGAAAGAAAGAAACAGCAAAGAAAUCCAGGAUAGGACUAACAGAAGCAACAGUGGCUUUUCUGACUUUCCCAGAUUCCUAGUGGUUGUUCCAUACAAUUUAUUUCUAUAUCAAGAAGUCGUAGCUGAGUGUUUUAAUUGUUACAUAAAAUAAUCCAUAAUUCUUACAUAGAAGUGAAAACCAGACAAUUCUCUUCUAUUUGGAGGAGAUUUACCUUCUGCCACAUCUGCUGGUGGCUGGCAUUUCAGGGGCCUAAGGAGCUAGAGUUCUGUAUUCUCCAGCCCCAGGGCAAACCUGAGUGACUGAAAUGGAUUUUUGAGGUCCAACUCAAAAGACAUAAGAAACCUGUUUGAUAAGGUAUUGGCACAUUUCACAAAAUUAUUUACCAUGAAAAUUAUGCCACUUGGAUAGUAGGUUUCCUUGAGGUUUACGCUCAAACUAGGCCUCGUUCAGGAAGGAGGAGACAGUGAUCAUCUUGGGAUAGGAGGCGAGAAAACUCCUGAAAUGCCCCCAAAAGUUUGUGCUACAGGCUGAAAAUUUUAAUUCAAGGAAAAGUCAGGUCUAAAAUGUUAUAUUUGAGGGCAAUUAAGAGAAUCAGUGUAAAGUCCUCCACAAAUGUGAGGGAUUAUUCACCUUGCCUUUUGAGAUUAACACAUAGUAAGCAUCUAAUGAAUGCUUUUUCAUUCAUUCAUUAAACUAAUAAUAUACUUACACUACCUACCUCAUAGGCUUGUGGGGAAAGUGUUUUUUUGGUAGUAAACUGCUAUUGAUUUGUGAGCUGCAUUAGUAAUUAGAGGAUUGUUGAUAUGGAGCCCAAAUGGAUGUCAUCUGAUCCAACCGCCUCAUUUUACAGAUGAGGAAACAGGUUUAGAAAGGUUCAGUGAUUUACCAUAGGUCACAGGUAGUAAGUGGCAGUGGUGGAAUUUGAACCCAGGUCUUCUUAGUACAAAUGUAGUACAGCUCCUUUAUUGACUUGGCCUCCUAUAAUCAGUUGUUGUCCCUAUCGGAGGAGAACAGGAAUGGCUGUAGAGAUCAGCUCAGGCAGGGGCAUGGGUUCCUAAAAUUCUAUGAUCUGAUAAUGCUGUGAGGACUCGCUUCCACUAAAGGCCUGCUGUGAUGCUAUGUGUGGCAAGUAAAUGACCCUGGCAGAAUCUAUUAUGCUGUAAUGGCUUUGAGUAUGGUCACAGUGAUGAACUAUUCUCCAUGGACCUGUCCAAGGUUGGAAGAAAUGAAUAAAAAAGCAUUUCUUAAGCA